GCGCGAGUCAAAGCGAACAGCGACUGGCACGACAUCUUCUGGCUGUCGCGUAGAAUUAGAGAAGUAUAAAAUGAGGGUUAUGUUUCCCGGGUACAUAGAAGAUUCCAGUGUGCUCUGUGAAGAUUCCCGCAAGCAAUUCGAGGCAUUUGAGGAGUGAUUCGGAAGGCAAAGCGAGUGAAUUUAGACCGCAUCUCAGUAAUUACAUGUCACGAGGCAGUUGAAAGUAUCGUAAUACGUGGCAGGAUGAAGCGAUCGCACUCGCGGAGGGACGAGGAGGAAAGCGAGGAGCGUCAUCGCAAGCGCCGGGACCACAAGCGUGGCGACGACCACAAGCGUGACGACGAUCACAGGGAGUCGAGGCACAACGGCGACCACAAGAGCUCCAGGUAUCACGAUGGUCACAGAAGUUCCAGACGCAACGACGAGCACAGGAGCUCCAGACGGGACGACGACCGUCGCGGUUCCAGGCGCGACGACGAUCGUCGGGGCGACCGACGUGACGAUCGCGACAGGAAUCGUCGGUACAACGAGAGGGAGAGCGACGGCGAGGAAGCGGCCGGGAAGCCGAAUUUCUCUCCGCGGGAGGAGAUCGGCAACAGGUAUUAUGGCGAACCGGAUAAAACGCGCGAGAAUCCGCAGGAUCCCACCAAGCAGAAGCGGGCGGUGGACCUCCUAACCUCGAAAACGGGAGGCGCGUACAUCCCGCCCGCCAAGCUGCGUAUGCUCCAGGCGGAGAUCACCGACAAGUCGGGCGCCGCCUACCAGCGUAUCGCCUGGGAGGCGUUGAAGAAGUCCAUCCACGGGUACAUAAAUAAAGUCAACACCAGCAACAUUGGGAUCAUAACGCGCGAGCUGCUGCGCGAGAACAUCGUCCGCGGCAGAGGUCUGCUGGCGCGAUCCAUCAUUCAGGCGCAGGCCGCGUCUCCGACGUUCACUCCGGUUUACGCGGCACUGACAUCAAUAAUCAACUCCAAGUUCCCCAACAUAGGCGAGUUGGUGCUGAAGCGGCUCGUUCUGCAGUUCAAGCGUGGCUUCAAGAGGAACGACAAGCCCCUGUGCAUAUCCUCAGGUACCUUCAUAGCGCACCUGGUCAACCAGCGCGUCGCCUACGAGAUUAUAGCUCUGGAGAUCCUGACGCUGCUGCUGGAAACGCCGACGGACGAUUCCGUCGAGGUGGCCAUAGCGUUUCUGAAGGAGUGCGGUAUGAAGCUGACGGAGGUGUCGCGACGGGGUAUCGAGGCCAUCUUCGAAAUGCUGAGGAACAUACUGCACGAGGGGCAGCUGGACAAGCGAGUUCAGUACAUGAUAGAAGUCAUGUUCCAAAUAAGGAAGGACGGAUUCAAGGAUCACGAGGCGGUGCCCGAGGAGCUGAAUCUCGUGGAGGAGGAGGAUCAAAUAACUCAUUUGAUACGACUGAAUGACGAGGACAUGAAUGCGCAAGAUAUAUUGAACGUGUUCAAGUUCGACACCGAUUACCUUGCCUCCGAGGAGAAGUACAAGCAGCUGUGCAAAGAGAUUCUCGGCUCGGACGUCAGCGACUCGGAAGAGGACGACGAGGACGGAGAGGAGGAGAGCUCGGACGCCGAGAGUGGCGCGGAGCAGACCGAGGGGAAGGAGGGGGUGAUACUCGACAACACGGAGACAAAUCUGACCGCGCUCCGACGGACUAUAUAUCUGACGAUACACUCCUCGCUCGACUUCGAGGAGUGCGCGCACAAGUUAAUGAAAAUGCAACUGAAACCCGGGCAGGAGAUAGAGUUAUGUCACAUGUUCCUGGACUGUUGCGCGGAGAUGCGUACGUAUGAGAAGUUCUUCGGCCUCCUGGCCGGUCGGUUUUGCGCCAUCAACAAGAUAUACGUGACGCCGUUCGAGCAGAUUUUCAAGGACUCUUACCACACGAUACACCGCCUCGACACCAACAAGCUGCGAAAUGUGUCUAAGUUCUUCGCGCAUUUACUGUUCACGGACUCCAUAUCGUGGAGCGUGCUGUCGUGCAUAAAGCUGAACGAGGAGGACACCACGAGUUCCAACAGAAUAUUUAUCAAGAUCUUGUUUCAGGAGCUCUCGGAAUACAUGGGUCUGGCGAAGUUGAACGACCGGGUUAAAGACCUGACGUUGCAGGAGGUGUUCGAGGGCCUGUUCCCCAGAGACGAUCCGAAGAACACGCGUUUCGCGAUCAACUUCUUCACGUCGAUCGGCCUGGGCGGUUUGACGGACGAUCUGAGGGAGCACCUGAAGUCCCAUCCAAAGCCGGCGCCUGUGCCGGUGUUGACCAGCAUCAAGGAAGAGGAGCCGCCCUCCAGCUCUGACGAGUCUACCAGUUCGUCUUCCAGCUCCAGCUCGUCUAGCUCGACGACUGAUUCUUCCUCGUCGUCGUCGUCGUCGUCAUCGUCGUCGGAGGAGGACGAAGUUCCGACGAAGAAGAAGAAGAAAGUGCAGCAUAAACGAAAAGAAAAGAAAUCUAAACCUAAAUCGAAGGACAAGAAGGAGGAGAAAUCUAAAAAGGCGCAGAGCAAGAAGAAGAAGGCCAAGACGUCGAAGAGGGACAAAUAAAACAGAAUAGGAAUUAACUAAGUAAUAAAAAAAAAUAAGACUUUUUAUAAGUUAAAAUGUAUGAUAAUUAGCUAGUCUGUACAAAUUAUAUUCUACGACUUAAAUAUUUUACAAAUUCUUUAGAGUUACGAAUUAGCAGGAAUAAUAAAUAAAGAUACACUAUUUAUUAUUCUACUUUGUAUACUAUUUAAUAUUCGAUAAACGUUACAUUGAGAUUACA